CUUCUCCGACACGGCGGCCGUACAUCCCAGCUGUCCCGGCGUGCAGUCAGUCUCUCCCGAUGCUUCAGAGCGUGUUAUGUUGCCGUAAGGUCUCUGCCACCCGCGCCACCCACUACACUGAUCCCACAACACCAGAGCAUUAACGUACCCAACGGAAUACCAUAACAAUUGUCAUCAUACAAAAUGUAGUGUGCUAAUGGCGUAGUUGUGAUAUUAGUGCCUGUGUGUGUUUGUUUAUAAAUAGGUGAUGAUUACACGUGAUGUGUGAUGUUUGUGUGGGGUUACAUUAGGAAGUACAUCGGUAUGGGCCUACCGGAUCUCACGGAGGUGCGCGCGGAGCGCGACGUGCUGCAGGCGCGCAUGUCGGAGCAGGCGCUGAAGAUCUCGUCGCUGGCGGCGCGCCUGCAGCAGCAGCGCAACGACGCGGAGGCGCUCGCGCACAGCGCCGCCAGCCAGCUCUCCGUGCAGCUGCACGACGCGCUCGCACAGGUACAGAGAUUGAAGGAUGAACUGGAGGCGAAAGACAAACAGAUGACACGAUUAAAACAAAGCCUGGAGGAGAGAGAUAAACUCAACGAUCAACACCAAACAUUAUAUGGAAAUUCAUGUAAUCCGAAAGACAAAGUUAUUAUACUAGAAUGCGAGUUAUCUGCGGCGCAAACUCGCAUUGCCCAGUUAGAAUCACUGGCAAGAAGUUUGGAAUCAGAUAAGGAACAAAUGCAAGCUAAUAUUAGGGACCACCAGAGAGCGUUAGCUGAGAAAGAAGACCAACUGCAAGAAUUGUUAGCAUUAAAACUAGACGAUGAGAACCAACGGGACGAGGGUACCAACGAAAAAAGCGAUGUCGUAGAAGGCAAGGCGUCUGCUAGGACGCUUAGUGAUAUAGUUUCCAUAUCAGAAUUUGACGAACAGGAUUUACAAAUGAGGAGGGCGGAAUUAAAGGCCCAAAACUUGAGCUUGUCUGGCGCGCCGUACGCAUCCGAUACUCGAGACAAGAGUCAAUUGAAUAGGACGUUGCCCCCAGAUUUGCAGCGAGCGAACAUGAGUUCUCUCAAUAUCGAAUUUAUCGAUCAUUUUGACGUGCAAGAUAAUACUCCACGCGCUGACUCACUGCCCGCACAUCUCACUUCCACACAGAAUAAAGAUAUGCUCAAUCAAUAUAAAAGAAAUGUUAAUGAGACUACAAUGUUUGGAACUAUUGGUUUUGGGGAAAGUGUUAAGCAUUCUACUGCUCCUAAUAUACCGGAUAAUUGCUCAAUGUAUCCUAACAGGGAAAUAAAUGAUACAAAAGAUGUAAGCGUUGAACCUAAGAAGAUCAACUUCUCUAUGGAAGCAUCGAAUGAUAAUAAAACUCACGAAGAAGAAGAAUUUACGUCUUUACGUGAAUUAGGGAUAAAUCUUGACAUCAAACAAGAAAACUUUCCUGAUAUACUGACUCAGCUAAAACAUGAAAUAAAAAAAUCUAAAACUGAAUUAGAAAACUGUAAGUCUGAAUUGAAAAAUGCUGAGGAACAGUUAUGUGAAUUUCCGGCUCUUAAGGAAGAAGUGGAAGAGCUUAAAGGACUAUUAGAAAAUACCAUGGCUACAAUGGAAACGGACAAGAAAUUUUAUGAAAACCAACUAGAAAAUUUCUCAUCAAACAAGAAACUUCUGGAACAGAGAUUAACAGAACUAACACAAGAGGUUAACGAAAAAUCCAAAGACUUACAUUUGCUCAAAGAAGAUAUUUUAAGAAGAGAAAACAUGAUACUAGAAUUAGCCAAAGAAAAACGCAACCUGACUAAUAAAUUAGCUGAAUUAGAAGUGAAAAUUGAUGAGCUUCAAAGCAGAAACAAAUCCCUGGAAAAAUGUGAAUCCGAGAACCAUCAGCUAAGAGAGAAUGUAACGGAAUUACAAAAACUCGAACAGUUGGUCUCCGAAAAGAAUCAACAAAUAGAUAGUCUAAAUCAACACUUAGACAGAUUUGACGAUUUGCAAAGAUGUCUUAACGAUAAAACUGAAGAAUUAGAAAAUUUAAAGGAAUCAUUCGAAGAGAAAUCUACUGAACUUUAUCAAUUGCAAGAUUCUAUAGAAGCACUGAAAUGUGAUUUGAGUAAAGCCAACGAAGAGAACGAGCAACUCAAUAGUAAUAAUAAAGAACUGAAACUAAUAUUAACAAAACUAGAAAAAGAACAAGAGAAUGCAUCUUUGAAACUUCAGAACAGCGAGACCGAGUUGGAAAGAAUGAAUUCCUUAAACAACGAACUUGCAACGAAGAUCGACGAGCUUAAGUUACUGACGGACAAACUUAAAGAUAAAGAAACAGAGAUAGAAAUACUCCAUGAAGACAUAAAUUCUUUUCAUGAGGAAAUAGCUUGUUUGAGGGAGCAGCUGAAGAUGGUGUCGCGAAGUCCAUCGCCGAAGAGUAAGAACGGCGAAGAAAUAAAGUCGCCAAAGACUCACGCCAGUAACGACAAGAAGCAGCUGGUUAAGAUAAGGAAACAGAUAACGCUGUUGCAACACGAGCUUGACUUUAACAAGAAGGAGCUUAAUGACAAAGCAUUCGAAUUAGCAAAAGCCAAGCUAGACGUGACAGAGCUGACGAACAAUGUGAGUCAGGCGAACAAGCAGGUGUCGGACAAGGAAAGGGCGAAUACAGAGUUGCAGCAACAGGUGGAGGGUCUGCAGCAGCAGAUACAGCAGCUGACGGCCGACAGGCGGCAGAUGAGCGAGCAGCUAGAGAUUGUAAUGGCCAGAAUGAGGGAAGAGUCGAACGUUUCGGAGCUGAAGGCCAAGUUGCAAGAAAAGGUGGAGCGGUGUCACGAGCUUGAGAAUGAAAUGCAAGAACUAAAGGAACUCCUGGACAGGCAGUCGCCGCUGGAGGCGCGGCUGGAGGCUCGGCUGGAGGCUCGGCUGGAGGCUCGGCUGGAGGCGCGGCGCUCGCCCACGGCCGAGCUGGAGCGCGCGCUGCGCGACCAGCUGCACUACUCGCACGCGCUCGACCACCGCAUCAUGGACCAGAUAUUGUCUGCAAGCAGCGAUGAGCACGAAGACAUUCCGCGGCUCGCUCUAAAUACGUCCAAGUCGUCGAGCUCGGCGCCGUCGGCGUCGCCGUCGCCGUCGCCGUCGCGCGCGUGGCGGCUGCGCGCCGACAACGAGCGCCUGCAGCUGCAGCUGGCCGCGCUGCACGCGCGCCUGCACGACAAGGACGCGCUCAUCGCCGAGCUCAACCGCGUCCGCGACCGUCUCGUGCAAGACUGGCAGACCAGCAAGAUGCGCUACGAGGCGGAGCGCGACAACGCCGCCCGCCUGCAGCUGCUGCUCGACACGCACAAGGAGACCGCCGAUUCCUUACAGAAUCAAGACUCGAACAUGAUCGAGAUCCUGAAGAAGCGGCUGGAGAGCGCAAUGCAGUCUGAACUGGAGUUGCAGCAGCGUGAACAGCAACAAAGGGCGCGCGUGGCGCAACUAGAGCGGCAGCUGCUAGCCGCCGAGCACGACGAGGACUCGCGGCACCGGCUGCAGCACGAGAUGGAGAACAACAGCCAGCUGAAGAGUGAGAUCUCGCUGCUGAAGUCGAAGCUGGAGGCGGAGCGCGUGCGGCACGCAGAUGCGCAGGCGCUGGUGGAGCGCGGCCGCGUGCAGGCCGAGCGCGAGCGCGACCAGGCCGCGCGACACUGCGCCGCGCUCAAGGCAGACCUCGCCGACCACAAGCGACUUAAGCACGACGCGGGAGUAGAGCUGAUCCGCGCCAAAGAGCUACUGCAGACACAGAGUAGCACCAUCAGCGAGCUGGAACGCCAGCUGGCCGCUGCCCGCCGCCCCGCUACACAAGUCACGCACGCGUUGACAGAAAUCGAGACGCAUAAGACAGAACUGGCCCGAGAGAUUGCCACCCUGAAGAAGUGCCUGAUGGACGCUAACAGCCCGGAGAUAGCAUCUUUACGCGCUGAACGGCAGCAGCUGCAGGACAAGCUGCAAACGCUGCAGCGGGAACUGCAGCAGCGAGCGCCGCCCACCGACGACAGGGACCAAGCGAUACGCUACCUUCACGGUCGAUGCCUGCGGCUAGAGAGCUGCCGGAAAGCGCUGGUGUGGCAGAAGAGGUACCUGCAGCGGGUGAUAGCCGGGUACACGGAGCUGGAAAAUAAACUACGGCUGCCCUCCUCGAGGAAGGUGGAGAGGAGCCACGGAAAGAAACGGUUCAAGUGCGCGGCUACAGUGAUCAUAAUAGUGGUCCGCAUGGGAUUCCUGGUGCGGCGACGGCAGCAGGCGCGCGCCGCCGCCGCCGCCGCGCUGCUGCAGCGCCCGCUCGCCACGCCCACCACACACGUCACGCUCGCCACGCCCACCACACACGUCACACUCGCCACACCCGCCACUGCUGGUCAGUCGGCGGCGGACGCGGCGACGCUGCAGCAGCGCGGCGUGCCGGCGGCGGCGCGGCGGCUUCUCAAGCACGAGUUGCGGCUCAACCUGCCCUCCUCGCCCGCAGUUGGCGAGUACACGCGACGGUCGCCGUACAGCGCCAACACGCCCCGUGACGAACCCUUCAUACUGAGCUCGCCCCGCGGCGAGGUGGCGACGGCAUACCUCAACAAGCUGGACCUUGUGAGCCGCUGCCUCAACCGAGCUAUGGACGCCUCCCGGGACCUGCCCUGAACGACAUCUUGUCAUCCCACGACCUAGCUUGUCUCACUUCGCGUUGUCGAUCUGCCUCGCUUGGUCAGUCUGCCUCAUGUUGUCAGUCUGCCUCGCACUGUCAGUCUGCCUCGCGUUGUUGAUUGAUCACUAGAUCCAACCACCGGAUUAUUCUUUUAUGGGGCGGUAUGCCACGUCGAAUGUGAUAUUUGAAGACAAAUUAACAUCCCAUUGGAAAAGUAUUAAAAGAAAAAUGUAAGAUAUUUUAUAGUUUGUAAUUUUUAUAUACUUAGGUAUAAUAAAAAAAAAAAUGUUAUGAUCUCAAGCCUUUUGGUGAUCAGAUCUGAGACAAGCGAAUGUUAAUGAAUUAAAAAAAAAAAUGUUUUUAAAUUUGUGUGUGGAACAGUCUUCAAAUUUAGAAUUCGACGCGGCGACACCCCUAGCAUUUCGUAUUACACAGUAUCCAUGCAUUUGUUACUGGCAGGUAGUAUAAGUAUUAGAUUAGUGCCAAACCUUAUUUGAUCGCGUUACUUAAUUUAUUUGUUAGCGUAUUGUUAAGCCGGAGUACGUAAUUCCAUGGAUUUCUUUAAUGUACGAUUGUUGACACUCCGCCUAUGUGUGUUUAUUAUUUCGUGCGAGAUGUAAAUGUGUUUUUAUCGUCCGUAGUCGCCAUAGACUAGUUUUUUUUUUUUUUUUUUUUUUUAUGAAUAUCAAUACCAAAUUUAUUACUGGCUGGAUAGGCUUUUUUCUUUUUUCCAUUCUCUUUACAAAUUAAGGUUCUUUUUUGUUAGUUUAUUGCUAAAUUUGUGAUUUAAACAUAAUUUUAUGGCGUCUAUACGACACUGAGAUGUAAAUUUCAGUCUUCUAGACACCGCGUGUCGUCCGUACUUGCCUUAGAACUAAUUAUAACGACAGACAAACACAAUGUAGAUAUUUUAUAGUUAAAAAAUUUAGAUGUAUUUUUCAAAUUAUUUAUUCAUUUUUGUAAAUAGUACCUAACUAAAUAUGUUUCCCAUUUUGACAUGUUGUAAGUUGACAUCACAUUAUCUUGUAGAAUAGUUUACAAUGUUCUCGUAUCGACUAUAGUGACUUAUUACGUUUUCGAAGAUAAUAUGGGGUAGACAUAUAUAUAUAUAUAUAUAUAUAUAUAUAUAUAUAUAUAUAUAUAUAUAUAUAUAUAUUAUUAAAAACUAUUAAUAGCUAGUUAAAUUAUUUGGCAAUUGCUGUCAAUGAUAAUUUUAAUUAUAUCCAUAAUAUAAUAAUAAUAAAAAAUUGUAUGGUUCCAAUAUCGACAUACGACAACAUAACCUUCAAGAAAAGAGUAUAUUCCUUUUUAAAAGGCCGGCAGCACACCUGCAAUGCCGCUGGUGUUGUGGGUGACCGUGGGCGGCGGUAGUCACUUACCAUCAGGUGAGCCGCAUGCUCGUUUGCCCCCUGUGUUGGAAAAAAAAUCGAUUUCAAAUUAUGAAAUCGAAAAAUUAUUUUUAUAUUUUUUUUUCACUCUAUGGUCACGAAUUCGCAUUUAGCUGCUGCUAAUAACGCCUUUGUCCACUAGUGGGACACUAAAUUGACUAUACAUUAAUUUUGAACAUCCCUAUUCAUAAACAUCGUAUAAAUAUAUUUUAAUCAUUAUUGAAAACGCUUCAAUAAUUAAUUAUUAAUACUUUAUUAGACAUUUGACGGGUUUAAUAAUUAAAAAGUUACAUGUCGAUACGGGAAAUGUAUUUUAUAGUUAAUAAACAAUGAAUUAUAGCACAAACCGAUGCCAUUUCGUCAAUAGUAGCAACAGUAUGGUUGGUUGACGCACGAAAGUACAAUUUAGAUGUAAGUUAGUUACGAACACGACUAGUCGAUCGACGUGCACACGAAUUUGCAAACUUUUAUGUGUAGCUGCCUAGGGCGUUUGCACAGACAACGGGCGACGUCUACAUUUGCUGUUAUUUUACAAUAUACAGAUAACGCUCUAUAUAAGCAACACUCUUUUUUUAUACAACUUAGAAUGGCAAACAAGCUGACGGCCCACCUGAUGGAAAGCGGUAACCGUUGCCUAUAUAUAUAUAUAUAUAUAUAUAUAUAUAUAUAUAUAUAUAUAUUUUAUAAAAACUUUUAUAUAUAUAUAUAUAAAAGUUUUUAUAUAAAAAAAAAGAUUUAAAACUCAAUGAUACUUUAAUAGGAUUUUUAUUGCAUGAUUAUUAUCUGCACUGUUUGAAUUAGAAAUAAGAUAUGUCUAAAGUUGUUUUGAAUUAUGGUAGAUACUGCAGAUGUUGCCAGUUUUACGUUUAAACCCUCUUGAGCACCGUUAUAUCUUAGUAAUCAAGUAUUUAGGUCAAAAACAAUUUAGUAUUCUGCACACACAAAAAAAAAAUAAGGCAUUUUUAUUGUAGAUUUUAUUGUAUCAUUAGAUCGAUAAAUAAAUUACACAGUAAUAUCCCUGUUAAAUAUUUCGUCCAAUUUUAGUAUCUAUAAUAAAUAUUCUUACUCUAAUAUGACUAUAAAUGAUUGUUGUUGGUGCAGGAAGGUAUUUUUUAAACUUAAUUUAUUAAACAUAUUUCGUUAAUAUUUUACUGAACUAAACAUUGAAAAGGAAUCACUGGUUAUUUGAUUACAAUUAUUUUGUUUAAUUCAGCCACCAUUUGUAUGCAAGCGACUGGCAACACUAGAAGAUCCAGUACUGGUAUUAUUAAUAGAAGUUUAACCUUUCCAUAUUAGUCGUCAGUGGCCGAUAACGCCUCCUUGUGGCCGCUGCAGGUCUAAAAGGGGGCGGUAAAAGAACCAGAAAAAAAAUGGGGCCGUUGUGUAGAGAUUUGGGGGGUGAUUAGUUGAUCUUGAAGUAAUAGUGGUUUUUAAGUAGGUGGAAAAAUGGGGGCGCUAAAAAAUAAUUUAUUCUCAAAGUGGGCAGUAGACAAAAUAAGUUUGGGAACCCCUGGUCUAGUUAAAUAUUUCGUUAUGUUUUCUCGCUGUGAACACGUCUCUACAGCUACACAUACAACUUUGCCGGACAUUAGAGCAGGCGGUGUUAUCGUGGAUCGUCUUGUGAUUGUGUAAAAUUGAUAUCAAACGAUCCAUCCGUUAAUGCUGCCUGUUCAACGUAACGUUAGACAAUAUUGUGCAAGCCAAAGUAAACGAAAGUAUUACGAAUGCUGUGUUUUUAAGAGAGGAUUCCAUAUUUUUUCAUGAGAUUCUUUGGCACAUGGUCAGUUAGCGCGGCUAAUCUAUGUACAAUUCCAAACGUUAUAAAAUUUAUAUAAAUAAAUAAUGCCUUCGAAAUAUUAUUGUUUUAUACAAAAUUUUAAUUAUUAUAAAUUAAACAUAGGUAUUAAAUAUAGACCUUUACUUGUAGGUUCCAUUUAUUUUAUUGAUUUGUUAAUUUCAUACAUACAUUAAGGUUUCAGGCUCAAUAAUUUGAUAAAAAUUCAAUAAGUAUGUAUAUACAAAUUUUAAAUACACAAUUGGGACUUAACGCUAUGGAAAAGCUUUUACAGAUAUAUAAUACCUAAAUAUCUGCUUCUUUAUUGCCGACGCUUCGACGUGGAUUGCACCACGUCGUGGUCACGACGGAACGUUUUGACGUAGUGUAAUCCACGUCGAAACAGGUGUGUAGGCAUUAUUUACCUGUAAAGGCUUUUACAUCGCGUUAAGUUCCGAUUGUGUAUUUAAAAUAUGUUUAAACAACGCGAAAGUUUAAAAUGAAGUAUGUUUAUCAUGUCCAAUAGCUUGAGUUCAAAUAUAAAGAUUUUUGACGAGUUAGACAUUUGCCUAAAUAGUUGUAAAGUGUUUUCUCUAUUAAUUUUUAGAAUAUAUACCUUAGGUUAGAUUAGUGACUAUCUUAAGAUUUGACCUCACAAAUAUUAUAUUUAGUAUUUCUGUAUCUAAUUUUGGAAUUGUAAAUGGAAUAGGUUUCAAAAGUUGUUUUUGUAAAAACCGUCGACGAAUAAUCUACACUCAAAACGACCAAAGAUUUGAUUAUUGUAAUAGUUAAGUGCUAGUUAAUUUACGAUUUUAAUAAUUGUAUUAAGAAAAAUCACCGUUUAGGACGUUUACAAACAUUUAUUACUGUUCUCACAAAUACAUUUGACAUCCACCAUUUGCCUCUAGUCACACGAUUUAACGUAAAAUUCACACUCGUGCCAUAAAUGAACGCUCUCUGUGUUGAAAUGACGAACACGUUCUAAUGUUGAUAUGAAUAAAUUAAAAAUAUAUUAUUUUCUAAA